AUGACGCGUCCGUAUACCACGCGACGCUCUCACCAGCCCCCAGCAUCCAUUGGCGGCGAUUCCACCAUGUCCGACUUUGACCCAGAACACGAAGCCAUGGUCUCGACUAGACAGCUCGACCACAGCGAUAGGCUGCCAGAGAUCCCCGCCUCUCUUCGCACAACACCGCGAGGCAAGUCCCCGGUCCUGGACCCAGAAUACACCGUCGACACGUCCACCAUCCAACACACAUUCCCCCAAAUAUCAGAUGUCGAGUCCUCUGGAGACGACAUAACGGAUGAGUUCUCCAUCGAAGUCGGCCGUGGAAUAAAGAAACAACAUCAGUCGCUUCACAGGGUUGACGAUUCUCGCAACUCAAUGCUCAGCAGCAUUGGGAACCCCAACAUUCGUUCCUCUUCUCCUGCGAUCAAACUCGACUUUCCCGCUACAAGCACACCGCCCCGGUCGGCUCUGCGUAAUGCUAAGCGCGCUGCCGCGGCUGAGGGUAGCAAUUUGCGCAAAGAUGCCCAGAUCAGACGCGCAAGCCAGAUGCAAAAGGAAAAUGUCGACCCUCAGCCGAGUCGCGUCAGGAACUUGUCCGGCAUUCCUACAGAAGCUCGCCAUACCCUGUCUGAAAUGCAUAUCAUGGCUCGUGAUGCAUACGAUGGCUCUUUUAUUGGCGAUGAGCGGCCUAGGAAUAUCUCGGUCAACACACGCACCACUCGUUUUGGAAAUGUCUCGAGUCAAGUGGCAGCUGCCAUGGAAAAUGCCCAGCGCGAGGGCCAGCUAAAGGAGUCUCGUCGCGGUAAACACUCUAGCUCGAGUCACCCACCCGCGAACCCUACUUACACGUUUGAUACUGCGAAUUCGUUUCUGCUCCCUGACAUCCCAAACAUUUCUGAGCUCGUAUCUGGCGUGUUGGAAGAUGGCACCCCCGUCUUCCCACGCCAGACGAGACCUCGUACGACCCGAUUCGUUUCACCUCCUGUAGAAGACCACGAUGCAUCCCAUCAUCACGGCCAUAUUCCUUUGGAGGCAGUUCCUAUUCCAGAGGAUGAGAAAGUGCUGUUUGUUUCUUUGAAGCUUUUGCAGGACAAGGUGGCUGAUUUGGAAUUUGCCAAGUCAGAGACGGAGAGGAAAUUGGAUGAUGUCCGUCAGGAGAAUCACAUUUUGAGGUCAGAGAAGUCUCGACGACAAAAGGAACAGCACGACCGGAUGAAGAUGUUUGGCGGCGACGAAGCCGAAGGAAGGAGCAGCGGCGCAAGAUCGCUGCAUGAGAAGAAUAAACUCGAAGCAACAACUUUGGCACUGCAGAACAAACUUGAUAUUGCCGAGCGAAAGAUUCAGGUUCAUGAAGGAGCGCUCAAGUCUCUUAGUCACGAACGUGACUCGGCCAUAACGCAACUCGGAGUCGCAUAUCUCAACACGCAGGAUGUCAGGAGGGAAAAUGAGACUCUGAAACAAGAGAACACCGAUCUGAAAUCUCGACUUGUGACAUUAACCGCAUUUGCUCGACAAUUUGCCGGAAACGACACCGAGACUCACCAGUCGCUCACUAGGGGCUAUCUGGAUACAGAGAAUACCGAUGAAAACGAGGGUCUCACUCAGAGAACGUCUGAUUCGGUACAGUCUCAAGGGAAAUCCACCAAGGAGCAACGCACCCGUACUCAAACAAUACGUGAUGAGCAACGCGGUGGAAUCUCUGGUCAGAUUGAGAAGGAAAUGCUAAAAAUGGCCAAAGAACGCGAAGAAGAAGACCUCUUUUCUCUCAACCUAUCUCGACCCAGCCAGGCAAAUGCCAAAGGAACUCAAUCUUCGCUUCGUUCAAAGGUGGAGAAAGUAGCAAACAAAAAGCCCAAUACUGGAAAGCAACGAAAACGUGUGAUAGUGGAGGAUGUCGAUACGACGGAAGUUGUGGAAGAUUUCUCAGAGCAAGUCAAAUCUCAGACAGGUGCAGCUGAGGAUUUCACUGUGCUCAGCUUUAUUGACGACCGCGAGAUCGCCCAAUUGCGUAGGCGGCUGGAAGCUGAACGGGCUGCACGCAAGCAGCGUCAGUCUAUAUCCAAAGACACAGCUGCAACUUCAUCUGGGAUAUCUAAGCGAGUUGUUUCAGACCCCCCGCGCAAGUCUUCUUUGAAAGAGCCAAAGGAUAAAUUCCCUCGCCCAUCUUCAGCUAUUGAUGAGACAAGCAUGACUGGCAAGACCGACUUGACCGAGUUUGAGGAACACGGUACUACGCGUCGACGACGUCACUCAGACCAUUCAGUUGCCAGCCAGCACCGUCUCCGAAAGCCAAUUCCUGAAUUGACUUCUGCCUUUAUUCUUCCUGACAUAACUCUACACCACGCAGACAUUGCAGCCCAAAAGCCAGUGCGCCUUUCCGAGUCUGCCCAAAAGGUUUUGGAUAACAUUGCUCGACAUGAUGGCAAGAACUGCACGGUUUGCAAGCGACUCUUGCCUGACGGAGUUACGCACGACCACGACCGCGAUGACACUCCGCGAGAAACAAUCACUGUCCCCAAGCCAAUUCCAGUAUCGGAACGUAUGCCAGAGCCUUCGGUUUACAAUGACGAGCCGACUAUGCGCCCUUCCCAGCCACCAGCCUUGGCACUAGCUACAGUUCUCAAGGGUCUCGAGGACGAGCUUUCUCACCUCAAGAUGCAGUUGACGACUGUGCAAAACGCAUACACAAAGCACGAUGCCUCGCUCAGCAAGCGGCAGAGAAAGUCUCUUUCUGCACGAAUUGAGACGCUUGUCAAGGAGAUCGAUACCAAGUCAGACCAAAUCUACGCGCUAUACGAUGUCCUCGAAGGACAGAAGCAAGACGGACACGAGAUGAACGAAAAGGAGGUAGAAAUUACCCUGCAGUCUAUUGGAAUCGAUGUCCAAGGCGGCAGACUGGCCGAUGUAACCGGCACUACCGACAUGUCCGCAAAGAGGACACAGCCACUGCAAGACUCAGACGACGAAGACGACGAGUUGCCAUGGGAAGGCAUCGAGAGCACUGGAGAAAUAACGGGACGCACGUCGGGAAGCCGCAGAUAUUUAUAA